AUGGCGACCCCGCGAGUGGCGCGCGGCGGGGCCGGGAGCCCGGCGUCCGAGGCGUCGUCCCCGCCGGUCCUCGCGCUCAGCCACUUCUGCGGGUCUCCCUUCGUGAGCUUCGGGGCGGUGCGCGUGGGCGCUGCGCGGACGCGGGCGCUGGUGCUGCACAACCCCCACGAGGAGGCGCUGGCCGUGGAGUUAUCGCUGCGGCGGGCCGCGGGCCUGGGCUUCAGCGUGUGGCCGCGCCGCUGCGAGCUGCAGCCUAAAGAAAAAAUUACCCUUUCUAUAAGCUGGACACCACUGAAAGAAGGGCGAGUAAGAGAGAUUGUGACAUUUCUUGUAAAUGAUAUUCUGAAACACCAAGCUAUAUUACUAGGAAAUGCAGAAGAGCCAAAAAAGAAAAAGAGAAGCCUUUGGAAUACGAUUAAUAAGAAGAAAUUUCCAGCUUCAAGACACAAUAAAAAGAUUUCAAAAAUUCAAAAUGUUAAUGAAACAUUUAAUGUUUCACAAAACUUUGGCAUACGUAGGAGCCCACUGCAAGCAUGUGAAAAUUUGGCCAUGAAUGAAAGCUAUUCUCCAUUAGAAAAGAAUUCGUUAACCCUUGAAGAAAAUAAAAUAUCCAUCUCACCUAUUAGCCCUACUUUCAAAGAAGGCCAGAAUGAAACCUGCUUGCCACUUCAUUUACGUCGAUCCACAGCCUACUCAUCUCUUUAUGUUUCAGAUGGAGAACAAUUAAAAGUACAGCAUGCCAACAUCUUAAAAGACAUUAAUUAUAACGAAGAAGUAAUAACUAAAACUUACAUUACUUCCAUUAAUCUUAGUGGCCAAAGUGAAGAGAAUUGUAAAAUUAUUCUGACCCCAAAUGGUUCUCCAACUUUGAACACUAUGCAUAGCCAAGGAAAAUUUCUAAGCCCUGACUCUUUUGUAAAUAACAGCCGUGCUUCUAAUAAUGAGGUAGGAUUAGUGAGGUGUCUUUCAUCAGAUACAUUUAUGAAAGAAAACUCAAAAUCUUUGUGUUUGGAAUCUAAAGCUGUACAUGAAGUUUGUAGAACAAUUUUAAGUCCAGAUUCAUUCUUAAAUGAUAAUUAUGGAUUAAAUCAGGACCUAAAAUCAGGGUCAGAUCCUAUUUUAUCUCCAAGUCAAUUUGUAAAAGAUAACAUGGUGCAUAGAUGUAUUCCUCAGCACACAUGUAAAGUGUCAACAUUAUCAAAUAAAAAUUCUGGUGUCCCACAGUCUUCCCAGGGUUGGAGAAAAAAUGAAGCUUUAGCAUAUAAUCGUGAAUGCCAACAUUUUAAAACUCCCAAAGUUAAUUUUGAAGAACAAAAACCAAUAGAAGUGAAGUCAGAUAAAUACAGUUUUAGGAAACAAAGUUAUCCUAAGUCUUCUGAAAGUCAAGUUGCUUCUCAUCAUAGCUCUAAAAAACAGCCUAAGAGACGUCCAAUACUUUCUGCCACUGUUACUAAAAGGAAACCCUACUGUGUCAAAGAAAACCAAGGUGAGAUCAAUAAACCAAAAGCUAAAAGAUGUCUCAAUAGUAUAGUAGGUGAAUAUGAAAAAACAGUAGAUAACCAAAAAGAGAGAGAAGCUUUUCAUUCUUAUCUUCCAGUCAUAAAGCCAGUAUUAAGUGAACCUCAGAGUUACAAACAUGAAGUCACUCCAACUACAGUUGCUCGGAAAAGGAAGAGUGAUAUCAACACAGAAGACUCAAAUAUGAAGGUUGCUGUUACAGAACACACAGAAGUGUAUAAAAUCAAAAGAAUCCAUUUUUCUCCCUUAGAAUCUAGAGUAUCAACUGUUACAAAAACCAAAAAGAGGGUAACGCCAGUCUCAAAAUAUAUUACCAGUCGGGAGAAAUUAAGCCAGAAAAAGAAAAUUGAUUCACUACUAUUUAAAACUCCUGUUUCUAAAACAAAGAAAAGGACAAAGCCCAUUGUUGCUGUGGCACAGUCAAAUUUGACCUUCAUAAAACCAUUAAAAACAGAUAUUCCUAGGCAUCCAGUGCCAUUUGCUGCAAAAAACAUGUUUUAUGAUGAACGCUGGAAGGAAAAGCAGGAACAGGGUUUUACUUGGUGGCUAAAUUUUAUUUUAACUCCUGAUGAUUUCAGUGUAAAAACAAAUGUUCCUGAAGUAAAUGCUGCUACUCUUCUUUUGGGAGUGGAGAAUCAACAUAAAUUAAGUGUCCCUAGAGCACCUACUAAAGAUGAAGUGUCUCUCAGAACUUACACUGCUCGCUGCAGGUUGAAUAGACUACGUCGCACAGCAUACCAUUUGUUUACUUCUGAAAACAUGGUCAAAGCUAUUAAAAAGCUAGAAAUUGAAAUUGAAGUUGGGCGGUUAAUUGUUCGAAAAGAUAGACACCUCUGGAAAGAUAUUGGAGAACGUCAAAAAGUUCUCAAUUGGCUUUUGUCAUAUAAUCCUUUGUGGCUUCGAAUUGGCCUAGAGACAGUAUAUGGAGAGCUGAUCUCUUUAGUAGACAACAGUGAUGUCACAGGGUUAGCUGUGUUUAUUCUGAACCGCUUACUUUGGAAUCCUGAUAUAGCAGCUGAAUACAGGCACCCCACUGUUCCUCAUCUGUAUAGAGAUGGUCAUGAAGAAGCUUUGUCUAAGUUUACAUUGAAAAAGUUACUGUUGUUAGUCUGUUUCCUUGAUCAUGCUAAAAAUUCAAGACUUAUUGACCACGAUCCUUGUCUCUUCUGUAAAGAUGCUGAAUUUAAGGCUAGCAAAGAACUGCUGCUGGCUUUUUCACGAGAUUUCCUCAGUGGUGAAGGCGACCUUUCCCGUCACCUUAGCUUAUUGGGAUUACCUGUGAGCCAUGUCCAGACACCACUUGAUGAAUUUGAUUUUGCUGUUACAAAUCUUGCUGUAGAUUUGCAAUGUGGGGUACGCCUUGUGCGAACUAUGGAGCUUCUCACACAGAACUGGAAUCUUUCCAAAAAACUCAGGAUUCCUGCAAUAAGUCGUCUUCAAAAGAUGCACAAUGUUGAUAUUGUACUUCAAAUUCUUAAAUCACGAGGAAUACAAUUAUGUGAUGAGCAUGGGAGUGCUAUCCUAUCUAAGGAUAUUGUGGAUAGACACAGAGAAAAAACACUUGCAUUACUUUGGAAAAUAGCAUUUGCUUUUCAGGUGGAUAUUUCCCUAAAUUUAGAUCAAUUAAAGGAGGAAAUUGAUUUUUUAAGACGCACACAUGGUAUAAUAAAAGCAAUGUCUGCACUAUCAUGCCAUUCUGAUUCUGUUCCGAAUAAGAAAAAAGACAAAAGGAAUAGUGGGUCCUUUGAACAAUACAGUGACAGUGUAAAGUUAUUGAUGGAUUGGGUAAAUGCUGUUUGUGCCUUCUAUGAUAAAAAGGUGGAAAAUUUUACUGUAUCUUUCUCAGAUGGCCGUGUGUUAUGUUAUCUGAUCCACCAUUACCACCCUUGCUAUGUACCUUAUGAUGCUAUAUGUCAGCGUACUACUCAGUCUGUGGAAUGUGCGCAAACUGGUUCCAUCCUAUUAAAUUCUUCCUCUGAAUCUGAUGGCAGCUGUCUGGAUCUGUCUCUUGAAGAAUUGGAUCAAGGAAAUGUCCCGAAACUAUAUAAAGAACUUCUAGAAAAUGAAAAGAAAAAUUUUCAUUUGGUGAGGACUGCCACCAGAGACCUUGGUGGUAUUCCUGCUAUGAUUCAUCACUCAGACAUGUCAAACACGAUUCCAGAUGAGAAGGUAGUUAUUACCUAUGUAUCAUUUCUCUGUACGAGGCUCUUGGAUCUCCGCAAAGAAAUAAGAGCUGCUCGACUCAUACAGACAAUGUGGAGAAAAUAUAAACUGAAAAGAGAUCUCAAAUGCCAUCAGAAGAGAAACAAAGCUGCAAGAAUUAUUCAGUCAGCCAUACGCAACUUUCUAACCAGAAGAUGGUUGAAGAAAGAGGUUAAUGCAGUGCUCAUCAUUCAAAAAUACUGGCGAAGAGUCUUAGCCCAAAGAAAGUUACUAAUACUGAAACAGGAAAAUAUGGAAAAACUUCAAAAGAAAUCAGCAUUACUCAUUCAGGUUUGUUGGAGACGCUAUUUCACUCGCAAACAAUUUUUGAAAUUGAAAUAUUAUUCAAUCAUCCUUCAAUCUAGAAUAAGAAUGGUAAAAGCUGUUAGAUUUUAUAGACACUGUCUUUGGGCCAUAGUCACAAUUCAGAGGCAUUGGCGUGCUUGUUUAAUAAGAAAAGAAGAUCAGCAAAGAUAUCAACUGCUCAAGUCAUCAUCUCUCAUAAUCCAGUCUGCGUUCAGGAGGUGGAAGUGGUGUAAAUUACAACUACAAACAAAAGCUGCCAUCACACUGCAACGGGCUUUCCGACAGUGGCGUUUCAGGAAAGAUGCCAGAGAAAAGUCUGCUGUUGUCAUACAGUCCUGGUACAGGAUGUCCAAGGAAGUACAGAGGUACCUUCAUGCCAGAUCCUGUGUCAUUGUCAUUCAGAGAAGGGUUCGGUGCUUUCAAGCUCAAAAGUUAUAUAAAAGAAGGAAAGAAUCUGUACUGACCAUCCAGAGGUACUUCAGAGCCUACUUGAAAGGAAAGCUUGUGCGCACUGACUAUUUGCAGAAACGAGCUGCAGCCAUUAGACUACAGGCUGCUUUCAGGGGAAUGAAAGCUCGUACUUUGCACAGACAGAUUAGAGCUGCUUGUGUUCUACAGUCAUAUUGGAAAAUGAGGCAGGAAAGAUUGGGAUUCUUAAACCUUAAGAAGAUGGUUAUCAAAUUGCAGGCGCUUGUAAGAAAACAUCAACAAUUACAGAAAUAUGAGAAGAUGAGGAAAGCAGCCAUUAUAAUUCAGACUCAUUUCCGAUCAUCCAUUUCUGCCAGGAAAGUUCUAGCAUCUUAUCAGAAAACACGGUCUGCUGUCAUUGUUCUACAGUCUGCCUGGAGAGGGAUGCAAGCCAGGAAGAUGUUUAUUUAUACCCUAACAUCGGUCAUAAAGAUUCAGUCAUAUUAUCGUGCCUAUAUAUCCAGAAGGAAAUUUCAGAGUCUCAGAAAUGCUACAAUAAAGUUACAGUCAAUUGUCAAAAUGAAACAGGCACGCAAAGAAUAUUUACAUUUAAGAGCAAGUGCACUGUUCAUCCAGUGGUGGUACCGUUCCCACAAAUUAGGUGCACAAAAGAGAAAAGAGUAUGUACAGAUGCGUGAAGCUUGCGUCAAAGUGCAAGCUUUUGUUAGAGGACACCUGAUUCGAAAGCAGAUGAGGCUGCAAAGAAAAGCAGCUGUUUUUCUACAGUCUUACUUUAGAAUGAGAAGGGCGAGGCUGCAGUACCUGAAAGUUUAUAAAGCAGCUCUUGUCAUUCAGAGUUCUUACUGUGCCUACAGAGCAGGCGUCAAUCAAAGGAAGAACUUUUUGCAAGUCAAGAGAGCAGCCAUUUGUUUGCAAGCUGCCUACAGAGGUUAUCAAGUACGCCAGCUCAUCAAGCAUCAAUCUGUGGCUGCUGUGAAGAUACAAACUGCUUUCAGAGGCUAUAGUGAAAGGAUGAAGUAUCAAUGUGUACUUCAGGCAACAAUGAAGAUUCAGAGAUGGUACAGGGCACACAAGACUGCCUGUGACAUAAGAACACAGUUUUUAAAGUCAAGAGCGGUUGUGAUUUCCCUCCAGUCUGCCUACCGAGGCUGGAAAGUCCGGAAGCAGCUCACAAGGGAACAUGAGGCUGCCAUGAAGAUUCAGUCUGCCUUUAGAAUGGUCAAGGCCAAGAAGCAGUUUCAAAUGUUGAAAGCAGCAGCAUUAGUCAUACAGCGGCAGUUCAGGGCAUGGACUGCAGGCAAGAAGCAGCGCAUGGAAUAUAUUGAACUCCUCCAGGCGGUGCUGGUGCUUCAGGCAACAUGGAAGGGGAAAGAAGUAAGAAAACAGAUUCAGAGGUGGCACAAAUGUGCUGUCAUAAUCCAGUCAUGCUACAGAAUGCAUGUUCAGCAGAAGAAGUGGAAAAUCAUGAAGAAGGCUGCUUUUCUGAUUCAAAUGCACUAUAGGGCUUACCAGGUUGGGAAAGAACAACAUCAUUUAUAUUUGAAAACAAGAGCAGCUGUAAUAAUUCUGCAGGCAGCUUACCGUGGCAUGAAAGUAAGAAAAAGGAUAAAGAAUUGUCAACAGGCAGCAGUCACUAUACAGUCUAAAUUCAGAGCUUACAAAACCCAGAAGAAAUAUACAAACUAUAGAACUUCAGCUAUUAUAAUUCAGAGAUGGUAUCGAAAUAUUAAAGUUACAACUCAGCAGCAUAAGGAAUAUCUAAAUUUAAAGAAGGCAGCAAUUAAAAUACAGGCUGUUUUUAGAGGUAUUAGAGUAAGAAGACAUAUUCAAUAUCAACACAUGGCAGCCACGUCUAUCAAAGCCAUGUUUAAAAUGUACCAGUCAAGAGUAAGAUACCACACAAUGAGAAGAGCAGCUAUUGUAAUUCAAGUGAGGUACAGAGCAUAUUGUCAGGGUAAGAUUGAGCGUGAACAGUACCUGUCAACUUUGAAGGCUAUUAGAACUGUUCAGGCAGGGUUUAGAAGAACAAGAGUUCGACAGGCUGUGAUAAAGAGGCAGGUCGCAGCAACCCUCAUUCAGUCAUACUAUAGAACAUACAGGCAGCAGACUUUCUUCAAUAAGUUAAAGAAGGCAACAAAAAUAGUGCAGCAACGAUACCGAGCAGUGAAAGAAAGAAACAUACAAUUUGAGAGUUACAGAAGAUUGAGGCAUUCUGUAAUAUGCAUCCAAGCUGCUUUUAGAGGGAUGAAAACAAGGAGACAGUUAAAAGUUAUGCAUUUAGCUGCCACUCAUAUUCAAAGGAAAUAUAGAACUCUAAUGAUAAGAAGGAAAUUCCUGUACUUCAAGAACACUGUCAUUUGUAUUCAGAGAAAAUAUCGUGCAAAUCGUCAUGCAAAGUAUCAGCUACAACAAUUUCUGCUGCAAACAGCAGUUCUUACAAUCCAGUCAUCAUACAGGGGAUGGGUUGUAAGGAAAAGGGUGCAAGAAAUGCACAGGGCUGCAACACUCAUUCAGGCUAUUUUCCGAAUGCACAGAGCACUUAUAAGAUAUCAGGCUAUGAAACGAGCCUCAAUUGUGGUACAAAGACAAUUCCAAGUAAACAGAGCUGCGAAACUGCAGAGGCAACAUUUCAUCAGACAAAGACAUGCUGCUGUGAUCAUCCAGGCUGCCUUUAGGGGUAUGAAAACUCGAAGCCAUAUGAAGAGUAUGCAUUCUUCUGCAACCCUGAUUCAGAGUAGAUUUAGGGCUUUAGUGAUACGGAGGAGAUUUCUUUCUCUCAAAAAGGCUGCUGUAUUUGUUCAGAGGAAAUACCGUGCCACCGUAUGUGCCAAGCAUGCAUUACACCAAUUCUUGGAGUUACGAAAAGCAGCUAUUGUAAUACAGUCAUUUUACCGGAGGCUGAUGGUAAUGAAGAGGUUUCAAGAAAUGCAUGAGGCUUCAGUCCUCAUUCAGGCUGCUUUUAGAAUGCAUAGAGCAUAUGUUAAAUUUCACACUUGGAAAUGUGCCUCGAUUGUAAUUCAGCAACAUUAUCGAACAUACAAAACUAGAAAAUUGCAAAGAGAAAAGUUUACCAGACAAUGGCAUUCUGCUGUGAUUAUUCAAGCUGCAUAUAAAGGGAUGAAAGUAAGACAGAUCUUAAGAGAAAAGUAUAGAGCUGCUAUCAUAAUACAGAGCACAUAUAGAAUGUACAGGCAUUAUCAUUUCUACCAGAAACUUCGGUGGACUGCAAAAGUAAUACAAGAAAAGUACCGAGCAAAUAAAGUGAAGCAGAAAGCUCUUCAAAACAGUACAUGUAAGGAAGAAAUAACUUGUAUUCAGGCAAGUUUUCAGGACAGUGACUUUAACAAACAAAUUCAGAGAGAGCAUGAGGCUGCCAUUAUUAUUCAGAAACACUUUAAAGCCUUUAAAAUAAGGAGGCACUAUAGACACCUCAGGUUGAAAGUCCUUUCUGUUCAAAGAGGACACAGAGCACUGCCUGCAACACAUGCUGAAGGAGUGAUGGAGCCGCACAGAGGUCUUAAGGCUGAAUGGAGAAAAUGUAAAGCUAAGAAGUAUUUACAUAAAGUGAAAGCUGCCUGCAUGAUUCAAGCUUGGUAUAGGUGUUGGCGAGCACGCAGAGAAUAUCUAGCUAUAUUAAAGGCUGUUAAGAUUAUUGAGAGCUGUUUCUGUGCUAAGCUGGAGAGAGCACGAUUUUUGAAUAUGAGAGCAUCAGCAAUUAUCCUUCAGAGAAAAUGGAGGGCUAUACUUUCUGAAAGAAUAGCUCAUGAGGACUUAAUUAUAAAAAGACAUCGAGCUGCUUGUUUGAUCCAAGCUUAUUUUAGAGGCUCUAAAGAAAGGCAGGUCUUUCUUCAGCAGAAGUAUGCUGCUGUGACCAUACAAAGAUACAUUCGAGCCAGGGAAGCUGGGAAGUGUGAAAGGAUGAAAUACAUUGAACUAAAAAAGUCUACAAUCCUUCUACAAGGACUGGUCCGUGGCUGGCUAGUAAGAAAGAGAAUUCUAGAAGAGAAGGCCAAAAUACGACUUCUUCACUUUACGGCAGCUGCAUACUGUCACCUAUGUGCUCUUAGAAUUCAAAGAGCUUACAAAUUGUACAUAGCUGUGAAGAAUGCUAAGGAGCAUAUUCACUCAGUCAUUUGUAUUCAGAGAUGGUUUCGAACAAGAUUACAACAAAAGAGGCUUAUUGAGCAAUAUCCUAGCAUCACAGAAACUGAGCAUGAAGUUCAACAAUAUCAAAGUCGGCAACAGCAAAACAGGGCUGCAUCAGUAAUACAGAAAGCAGCCCGCCGCCUUCUCCUUCGCAAAAGUCAGGAAAAACUUAAUAGUAGGAUCACUAAAAUUCAAGCACUAUGGAGAGGCUUUUCUUGGAGGAAGAAAAAUGAUUGUACAAAAAUUAGAGCCAUACGACUAAGCCUUCAAGCUGUUAAUAGGAACAUUGAAGAAGAAAACAAGCUCUACAAAAGAACUGCACGUGCUCUCCAUUACCUUCUGACUUAUAAGCACCUGUCUGCCAUUCUGGAUGCUUUAAAGCACCUGGAGGUAGUUACUAGAUUGUCUCCACGUUGUUGUGAGAACAUGGCUGAGAGUGGAGCUAUUUCUAAAGUAUUUGUUGUGAUCCGAAGCUGCAACCGUAGUGUUCCUUGCAUGGAAGUCAUUAAAUAUGCUGUUCAAGUCUUGCUGAAUGUUGCUAAGUAUGAGAACACUGCAUCAGCAGUUUAUGAUGCUGACAGCUGUGUAGACACACUGUUGGAGCUAUUGCAGAUGUACCGAGAAAAGCCUGGUGACAAAGUUGCAGAAAAGAGCGGGAGCAUUUUCACAAAAACAUGCUGCUUACUGGCUGUGCUGCUAAGGACAAGAGACCGAGCUUCUGAUGUACGGAGUAGAUCUAAAGUUGUUGACCGCAUUUAUAGUCUCUACAAAUUUACAGCUCAUAAACAUAAAAUAAGUACCGAAAGAACACUUGAUAAACAAAAGCAGAAUCUUCAUACAGGCUUUUCCUUUAUCCCAGAGACACCUGUGCGGACCAGAAUUGUUUCAAGACUUAAGCCACAUUGGGUUUUAGGACGAGAUAAUAUGGAAGAAAUCACAAAUUCACUGCAAGCUAUUCAAAUGGUGAUGGAUACACUUGGUAUUCCUUAUUAGUACAUGGAAAUAUUUUCAGUGUGGACAGCUAUUAUAGCCAUUCAUGAAUAUAUGAAGUGUUUCUCAGUAUAAAUUUAAAAAAAUCUGACUUUGUAUUAAAAAUAAAACUGUACAUAUUAUAAGAUACUAACCUGUUUAUUAAAUUCUUCAUUGUUUUUUAUUUAAAAGCUUAUACAUGUUACAAUCUAGUGUGUCAUAAAAUGACUAUACUGUUUUCUCAUGUCUGUCAUUUAAAGUAUUCAUUUAAAUGUCUUUUCCUUGAGAGAAAAUAAUGCAUUAUUUCUCCAGCUUUUUACAUAAGUAGAGGUUCCUUUUUAAAGCAUAUGUUGGAAACAGGAUUAGCCUACUCCCUUAGAAGUGGGAAGAAAAUAAAAUAUCCCCAAAAUGCUGUGGAAGGUGUCAUCAUUUGCAUCCUUAACUGGUUAUAGCGCCCAGUUAGGUAAGUGAGCUUUUCUAAGAAAAUGAUAAAUGCAUAGCUGUUGUGGAUUGAAUGUAAAAUGUUCUACACAGGCUUAUGUGUUUGAACACUUCAUCCCCAGCUCAUGUCACUCUUGGAGAAAGUUAUGGAACCUUUAAUAGGCUGAGCCUUGAUGAAGGAAGUGGGUGGGCAGACCUGGAGGUUUUCUGUAGUCUGGCCCUACUUCUGACUUUAAAUGCAGUGUGAGCAGCCAGCCUCCCACUCUUGCCACCAUGUUUUUCCAGCUCUGAUGGAGUAUAUAUCCCCUUGAAACUGUAAGCCAGAAUAAACAUUUUCCAUCCUUAA